AUGUCUCCUGAUGAAAUCCUGAGGAUUAUCUACCUGAAUCAGAUAGUAAUUGGGGUACUAGGGAACUCCUUCCUCAUAUUUAUAUAUAGUUUUAAGUUCAAGAGUACUCACAAAACAAGAUUGCGAAUUCUGAUUCUCAUCCAAUUUCUCUUUACCAACAUCCUGAUACUUCUUUUCAGGGGAAUUCCCAAGGCAAUGGAAGUCUGGGGGUUAAAAUAUGCUGUGGAUUCUACAGGGAGUAGAUUUCUAACCUACCUUCAGAGAGUGACUCGUAGCCUUUCCCUCUGUAGUUGCUUCCACCUGGUUAUCUUCCAGGCCAUCACCAUCAGUCCAAACAGCCCCAUAAAAGCAGAGCUAAAAACCAGGGCUCUGAAGGGCAUCUUUCCCUCCUGUCUGACCUGCUGGGUCCUGAAUCUACUGAUAGAUGCAGUUCUGCCUGUCUACAUCAUUGGUUUCAGGAACAGAACACAGAGUAAUGAGGAAGAGAACAUUGGAUUUAGUGCUUUAGACCUUCAUGCAAAGAAGACUAAAAGGUUCCUAAUCUGGAAGUUUCUUCAUGAUGGUUUUUAUGUGGGUCUCAUAGCCAGCACCAGUGUCUAUAUUGUGCUUUUCUUGUGCAGACAUCACCAGCAAGUUCAGCACAUUCACAUCACUACCCAGUCUCGAAGAGCCUCGCCAGAGAUCCAUGCUGCUACAGCCAUCCUGCUACUGGGGAGCACCCUUCUUAGCUUUAAUUUAAUGAGUUCCAUUUUUGUGAUGUAUAUGACUUUUUCUAAGGUUUCUAGUCCUGUUUUGCUUCAUGUCUCAGUUUUUCUUUCUCUGUGCUUUCAAAUAGUUAGCCCCUUUAUACUGCUCAACAGUGACACUCAGAUCAUGAGAUUCUGCUGCGCUCAUUGGUGGAUGCAAAGACUAUGGGGAGAAAAUUUGUAA